AUGACUGUGUUUCAUGCAAUCUGGGAAAGCUGCCAGCAAAGAGACUCGGUUUUACAGCCUAUGUGGGAUUACCUGCGGAUCAACCACUCUGGCAUGCUUCGAUCUCCUCUCUUUCCUGUUAUUCUAACGGUAGCAUCAUACUUCGUUCUUUGUCUGCCCUUCCUAGCAUGUGACAUUAUGGGAGAGAAGUGGCCUGCUAUUUACUGGCACAAGAUCCAGCCUGGCAAGAUGCCCACACCUGCAAUGCUUCUACACUGCAGUGGAGUUACUCUGUAUAAUCAUCUACUCCUGGUGUUGCCUGCAGCAGCAGCACAGUGGAUAUGGAGACCUCCCAUUCCUCUGCCUGAACAAGCACCUACAUUACUAGAACUUGCAGUUGGGGUAGCUGGGAAUCUUCUGCUCUUUGACUUUCAGUACUUCAUCUGGCACUUUUUGCAUCACAAGAUACGCUGGCUGUAUGUCACUUUCCAUGCCAUCCAUCACGUUUACUCUGCCCCCUUUUCUCUGGCCACACAGUGUCUCGGAGGAUGGGAGCUGGUGACAGUGGGUCUCUGGACCACGCUCAACCCUGUUUUGCUGAGAUGUCACCUGCUCACUACUUGGGCGUUCAUGGUUGUCCAUGUAUAUGUUUCUGUGGAGGACCACUGUGGAUAUGACUUCCCGUGGUCCACCUCACGUCUCAUUCCUUUUGGUAUUUAUGGAGGUCCAAGCAAGCACGAUGUACACCACCGGAAACCUAAUACCAACUUUGCUCCACAUUUUAGCCACUGGGAUAAACUGUUCGGCACUCAUGCUGAUUUUAGUUUUGUUAAAACUUCUUGA